CUUUGAUUUCAUAGAACACUGCAUGUGCCAGUGUAUGUGUCAUUCCGGCGACCGAGGUUGUCAACGAAGAUCGCCUACAAUUGUUGCGCUCUCCUUGCUGGUGUUCUGCUCUCCCUCCCGCGAUCCUGGCAGGACCAUCUCAUAUGGUGCUGGAGUAUAUAUACAUCCAACACUGGUCUACUAUUCUCGGUCACUCUGACUAUGCCUAAGAGAAUCUCCGCUGCAUUAUCUGGUACCCCAACCGGUGAACCUCGUCCUCCGGCACCAUGGCAUGAUGAUCUACCAAAAAAUAAAUUUUGGUGUCUCUGCUACAAGGCAUUGUGCAUGAUUGCUGUAUCGACGUCGUCGGCUGAACACUGGCGUUACCUCACAGAGCGUCCGAUAAAGAAAGAAUGGAUAGCACACAAGGAAAUGGUGAUGAAUCGGUUUGAAAACAUGAACGUCACUGCGGGUCUGGUCUUGACGACAAGCGCCGUUUUCAUAUCCACUGAUCCUCCAUUUGCACCUCUUAUGCCCUACGCAAGCGGGUCAUAUAUCCUUCAAGUGUGCGCGUUUGUAGCUGCGUUGAUCAGUCUGAUGACUGGUACUUCUGUUCUCAUCAUCUAUGACACUUGCUAUACAAAUGAUCAGUUAAUGAAAACGUUAAUGCACUCUCGCUGGCGUCGCAUAUGUUGCCUUAUACUGAUGGCAUAUCCAUCCCUGGCUCUGGCAGUCUCGACAUUGACUUUGAUGACAGCCUUCUUUAUAGCCGGUUUCACAUCUGACAAACUCUUUGUAAAAAUUAUGACUGCAGGAACCUACUUGACACUGAUUUUGCUCGGCGUACUUGCAAUAUGUGUAUUCAGUCCUCAUUUAAGAGAGAUCGUUGAUGGCGAAUCUGAAUCACAUGCCACAGACAGUCACAAUCCCCAAAGCUCUGAGCCAAAGGUCGUCCGCGAUAGCGGGGUUUGUCCCAGUGAUCACAGAAAACCAGACCCUUCGCGCAGCCUCGCGUAGGGGAGCAAGUCUAGGGGGAGGAUUGCGCCAUUAGCUGGUGGUAUGGAUGGACAUGUCACUGUCGAUGUCUCAUUUGUGAUGACUUUGUGUCGCUUUGAAUCGGUGCUUCGCGUUGUUCUAUGCACUCUGCAGGUGUUAUAUCUAAGCAGCCCAGAAUUUGUAUACAAAGGUGCUGGAAAGAAACAAAUGA